CUGCACCAGAUUCGGCACAUCCACCUCGCUUCAAUAUCCAACCCGCCCUCCGUCCGUCAUGUCCCAGUCCUCGUCUGCCCAUCUCGACUCCUCGGCCAAGGUUUUUCUGGUCACCGGCGGCAACAGCGGUAUUGGCAAGGGCGCCGUGCUCGAGAUUGCCCGAUCGCCCAACCAUAUUGUUGUCAUUGCUGCACGAAGCAUGGAGAAGAGCAAGCAAGUCUGCCAAGAAAUUCAAGCCGCAACGGGCAACAGCCAGGUGUUUGCCAUGAAGCUGGAGCUGUCCUCCCUCGACGCAGUCAAGGUGUUUGCCCAAGAGUUCCGCGCCCAGUACCGACGACUCGACGGCCUGAUCUGCAAUGCCGGCAUUGUCCCAACCAAGUACGAGCAAAGCGCCCAGGGCUACGAACUCACCUUUGCCACCAACCAUCUGGGCCACUUUCUCCUCAUUCAGCUGCUGUCGGAUUUACUGACCUCGACCGCUUCGCAACUGGGUCAGCCCACCCGUCUUGUCAUCGUCAGCUCCUUCACCAUCAACCCCAAGAACAUUUCGGCCAUGCGCUUCCCCAAUCUCGAGGAGACCCUUGAUCCCGCCAUCUUGGCCGAGCCACCUGCAAGGUUUGACGAAGAGCGGGCAUACACCAACUCCAAGCUGCUGAAUGCCAUCACGGGCUAUCGGCUUGCAAGCACCGGGAUCCUCAAGAACGUCCUCAUAUCCGUUUACGAUCCCGGAUUCGUCCCUACCGAUCUUCUGCGCGGCUAUUCCAAGACCCGCCAGGUCCUGCUCGGUGUCUUCGUCCAUAAACUGCUCAAGUAUCUGUGGCCUCGCGUCAGCACAAUCGAGCGCAGUGGCGGCUUUAUGGCCAAGCUGGUGGUCGAAUCCAACGAGUCCGGCAAGUACUAUUCGGUCGACCGCGAAGAGGAGUGGGCUGAGAAGGCCAAGGAUCCCCGUCUGGCCAAGAAUGUGUGGGACCGCUCCCGCGAGAUGGUCGCUGCAUGGCUCUGAAGCAGUAUCCCGCCCCGCCUCCAAAUCAAUCGACGAUCAGGUCCGGCGUGACUUGAUGUCGGACCUCGAGCCGGACCCACCAUUGCCUGUACCGAGCACGAUCUCAUCGCCUCCAUUUCUAUCCAUGUUUGCAAUACACGGC